AUGGUGAAGAAGCUCUCACGGUUUAUGCUCUCUGGAAUGGUGGAUUGUUUCAAAAUGACUACUGCCCGAGAGGAGGCAGAGGCUCUUCUCCGCACUGGUUGGUGGGGAAGCACUAGUAUUCCAGUUUACAAUUCCAGAAGUCACUAUGAGUGGGUAGGAAUAUCUUGCAAUGAGCUUGGAAAUGUCAUUGGGAUACACCUUUCUUUGUACUACCUGCGGGGAGGGCUCGAGAAAUUGAACAUGUCUUCCUUUCCAAACUUACAAAGUCUCGCUCUUGGCAACUGUAGUCUCAAUGGAAGCAUCCCGCAUGAAAUCGGAAGGUUGUCGAAGCUCAAAUACCUUCAACUUUCUUACAAUGAGCUUAAAGGUAUACUGCCUUUUUCCAUGGUUAAUCUCACCCAAUUACUGGAGCUUGACAUUUCUCACAAUUCUAUCAGCGGAUCCAUCCCCCCAGAAAUUGGAAGGAUGUGGAAGCUUACCACUCUCCGACUUUCUGAGAAUAAUCUUACAGGGAUGCUGCCUCUUUCCAUGGCUAAUCUCACCCAACUACUCGAGCUUGACUUUUCUCACAAUUCUAUCAGCGGCUCUAUCCCCACAGAAAUUGGAAGGAUGUGGAACCUUACCUCACUCCAACUUUAUGAGAAUAAUCUUACAGGUAUGCUGCCUCUUUCCAUGGCUAAUCUCACCCAACUACUCGAGCUUGACUUUUCUCACAAUUCUAUCAACGGCUCUAUCCCCACAAAAAUUGGAAGGAUGUGGAAGCUUACCUCUCUCGGACUUUCUGAGAAUAAUCUUACAGGUAGGCUGCCUCCUUCCAUUGGUAAGAUCACCCAGCUAUCCAUCCUUAACAUUGCUUCCAAUCAUAUCAGCGGCUCCAUCCCCCCAGAAAUAAGGAAUCUUGAAAAUCUAGAGUACUUAGACCUAAGUGAUAACAAUUUCACUGGUCCCAUUUUUUCAUAUAUUGCUAAUCUCACCAGGCUACGAUUUAUAUACCUUAAUUCAAAUCAUUUUGACGGUUCCAUCUCAAUUAGCAUUGCUUAUUUGAAGAGUCUUGUUGAUCUAAAACUUGCUCGUAACAACUUCACCAGUGAAAUCCCUUCAACAUCAAUGGACGAGGCAGAGGCUCUCCUCCGCACUCGUUGGUGGUUGAACCUUAGAAUUCCAGUCGACAUAGCAGUUGAAUGGAAUAUCUGUGAGUGGGAUGGAAUAUCUUGCAAUAAGCUUGGAAAUGUCAUUGGAAUACACCGGUACUACGUGGGGGGAGAGCUGGAGAAAUUGAACAUGUCUUCCUUUCCACACUUACUAAGUCUCGAUCUCAGUUACUGUGGCCUCAAUGGAAACAUCCCAUAUGAAAUCGGAAGGUUGUCGAAACUCAAAUACCUUCGACUUUCUUACAAUGAGCUUACAGGUAUGCUGCCUCUUUCCAUGGCUAAUCUCACCCAACUACUGGAGCUUGACAUUUCUCACAAUUCUAUCAGCGGCUCUAUCCCCACAGAAAUUGGAAGGAUGUGGAACCUUACCUCUCUCCAACUUUCUUACAAUUAUCUUGCAGGUAGGCUGCCUCCUUGCAUUUGUAAGAUCACCCAGCUAUCCCACCUUGACAUUUCUUCCAAUCAUAUCAACGGCUCCAUCCCCUCAGAAAUUGGAAGUUUGUUAGAACUAAAUUACCUUGACAUUUCUUCCAAUCAUAUCAAUGGCUCCAUCCCCUCGAAAAUUGGAAGUUUAUUAGAACUCAAUUACCUUGACAUUUCUUCCAAUCAUAUCAACGGCUCCAUUCCCUCGAAAAUUGGAAGUUUGUUAAAACUCAAUUACCUUGACAUUUCUUCCAAUCAUAUCAAUGGCUCCAUCCCCUCGGAAAUUGGAAGUUUGUUAAAACUUAAUUACCUUGACAUUUCUUCCAAUCAUAUCAACGGCUCACCCCUCGGAAAUUGGAAGUUUGUUAAAACUCAAUUACCUUGA